AUGGCUUUAGUUAUGCUUCCCUGUGAUUUACCUUGGUGGGACUCGGUGAAGAAACACCUGAAACGAAUAGCAAACACCAAAAACACGCUGGAACUGAUCGAAGGCAUGCAAAAAAUUCACGACAUGUGCAACGUUAGUCUGGACCCUGAAGAAGACACCAAUGAUCCUGACCUCUUCGUCGGCCUUUUGAAUUUUCUAGAUAACGAUCUUACCAGUGAGGAAAGAAGCAAUUUCUUAAAUAAGACGUUGCCAAACAUCGUAAAACGGGCUUUAAAGUUAAAGGAUCACAAACCGAAGGAUGGCCUACAUUUCAGUCUGCAACAGCAAUCGGAUUGUACCGAACUGCAAUACUCAUUUGUAGCGUCUCUGAUAGCCAAUGCCUUCUUUUCUACAUUUCCGAAACGGUCCGAAAGGACUCACCCCACGUUGCAGAAUUUUAAUUUCACUCAUUUUUUCAAACAUCUAGAUCAAAACGUCCAAAAAGCAAAACUUAGGAGUAUUUUGUGUUAUUUCGACUGGGUAGAAAAUAGUGACAAUGGGUGCCUUAAAGUAUCACGUCAGGUAAUGACAAGUAAAGAAUGGUUGACAAUCGAAGACUGGUUAGAAUGUAGUCUCCCUUUAUGCCCUUUGCAAAUCCGCCACGAGGGCAAACUGGAACGAAGUGAGCCGGACUCGAUCCAAAUCUGUUUUGCCAGCUCAAAAAUCGGCGGAAAAGUCUUAGAUGAUGGCAAUACUCAGGAAUGUAUAAAUCUAGUCACUUACCCCGAACUACUAACCGUUCUACUAAACGUAGAAGCCCUAGAAGAUAACGAGGUGCUAACUGUAGAAAAAAUUAGACACAUUUCCCGAAUAGUUGAUCCGAAAAAUCGGGCUUCGCUCGAGAAACUCCAAGUUCCGCAAGAGAUGACAGUCUGCUGUGUAGACGCCGACGAUUACAAAAAACUGCCAAUCGGGCAGUUUGAAGAAGACAAUAUUCUGCGAGAACUCAACAAGUGUCUUUUAGCCUUCCAGCAGAAGCAGUUCCGCACAAACGAGCCCCAAAAUUUGCACACGAGUCGACAGAGGCGGCUUUCGCCCAUUGGGGAGUCGGUUGGCUCUACCCAGUCCGAUCCAGCAAUUCCUCUCAUAACGCAGCAGUCUUGCAGCACAAAUCGGAGCACCUCUCCGCCCUCGUUUUGCGAUAAUAACAACGUUUCGAAUACGCUUCGAGUCCAGCUCGAAGUCGAGCGAAAUUUGCAGAAAAAGGGACAAAUUAACAACGAAAUGCUAGUGAACAACCGACGGGGUAGGUUCAUUGUGUUGGGGUCCUCCGGGGAAUGUCUUCCAGUGACGAGAAAACCGGUGGAUUCGCCUCCGAAAAGUGUUUAUUCCAGCUGUGAAUCCAGCGAAGAGGAGUUUCUUAGUGCCAAGACGAGUCUAGACGAUGGAAGCGAAGACGAAAAUUUUCACAAGAGGUACAGUAUCGAUCUGGAGACUCCCGAGAGGCGUCACACUUUUGCGCAGAGACUCAGAGAUGCGUUAAGGAGAGAGGUUUCAGACACUUUCAGCAGCUCAUCUGAGUCGAGUUAUGCUGUGGGGAUUUCAGUGGCCGGCUCAGACGUGCAAGAUAAGCAAAUUAAGGUCCGACGUGGAGGUUCCACCGGGUUUGCGCUCAAGGAGGACUCCCUGGAUGAAAAUUUCCUUCAAGACUCGUUGCAACAAGAAAAGCAAUGGAUCGACAAAUUCAAAAACAAACAAUCCGUUCUGAGCCGAAAAGAGUCAAACAAGUCGUCCGAAUACAGUUUUAGUACCGAAUACAGUUCCGAAUUGGAAGAAGUUUACGAACAGUUCUCGCGUUGGCUCCAAAACCCGAUCUUGGAAACGGAAAAAGGAACUAAGAAGGAGUUGGAAGGUCGCGAUCUGGCUGUGGUGCAAUUCGCUGGAUCGUUAUUAAAACGUACUCUCAGUGAAUCCUUCGCUGGGGUUCCAGUACCACUUGCAGAAAGCGCUGAUGCGACACGAAACCUCGAUUUCAACCCAGUUAAGAAAAAUAAGCUAGUGCUCAGUGCAAAAUCGCUCAGUUUGGAGCUGGCGCGACAAAAACACAAACUAGCGGCUCAAUUAAUGAGUAAAGAGCCCUUAACAAAAGAACCGGUUUUGAGUGAAUGUAAUUUAACAAGUAAAAAGCGUAGAGCUUGGUUUAUAUCUUGCGUAAAUGAAGCCAUCGUCCAAACUUUAGAAGAGAUUUCCUGUAGCGUUAGUUUACCCAAAGAAAAACAGAUUUCUCAGCUAACGCAGAGGUCGGAAAAUGGGCUAAAACCAGUCGCGACAGGAAAUUGGGGUUGUGGCUCCUCCAAGUGUGGAGAUGUGCAACUAAAAGUGAUAAUCCAAUGGUUGGCGGCAAGUGUGGCGGGAAUCCCCUGCCUUAAAUACUACACUUGUGGUCAUCAGAAAUUGACAAAAUUGGAUACAGUGUGCCGAAUACUCGUUGAUAGGAAAUGGACUGUUAAGGAUCUUGCUCAAGCUACACUUAGGUACGCAAAUCAAGUGCUCCACGGACGUGAAGUCAGUGGAACACUUUUUGAGGAGUUAAUCGGUAUAGAACGGACGGUUUGAGGAUGUCUAGUCACACUUCAGUUAUUAGCAAACACAUUCUUAUAACUUUUUUACUUUAGAUAAAGUGAGCUUCCGCUUGUUUCAAUGUACUUGUUUUGAUAAAAAUGUGUAAGGCUGUUCUGCUCAAACCCCACAUUAGAAUAUUGUGAGUUGUAAUAACGAAAAUAUAUGAAAAUUUGUGUACAACCAUAAUCCAUUAGAUCCUACUCAGUGAGCAUAGUUUUAAUAUAUUUUUUCAUUUUCAAAUAUUUUGAAAUUGUAUAGUGAUAUUUGAAAGACAAAGCUUAAAUUUUUCCUUUGGUGUUUAAAUUUCCAAAAACUAACUCAAUUUUUCCAAAUGAAAUACAAUCACUUUAGUUCACUAAUAAAUGGAAGAGGAUUUAAUUUUUUUUCAAUAUGUAUUUACAUUUCUACCCCUAAAACAACGUGUAAUAGAGUUCAAAUUAUUUUAACUUUUUGUAGGCACUGACAAACUCAUUAUAAAAAGAAGCCAUAGAGUCUUCGCUUUUGUUCUAUUCACAAAGCUUGACAUGGAUUAAAGGUUAACAACGCGAAUGAACCCACGAAAUUGGUUCAAUUUGGUCAUAUGAUCAGUUAAUCAGUUAAUCACUCAUUUAUUAUAUUAAGGAUUAAAUUAUUUUAAUGACGCUUCUAUAAACCGAACCCAAGCUUUAACUUUCAAUGAUCAAAAAGAUUUUAAAAUAUUUAAAAAUAAUAAAGAUAUCAGUUUUUGAGGGGGAAGGAGCAAACCCCAAAAAUCAAAAAGUGUAAAUACUUGAAAAUCGGCUAAAUUACGUAUAGGGAUCGCUUAUGGAAAGGUAUUUGAGAACCUAAUCAAGAAUUCAUUAAAACGCAUAACUUCCUAUUUAAAAUAAAUAAAUACAAAAGGAUUAGAAAGUCCUUCUAUCAAGUAGGCUUAUCACUUGAGAACGUGUGUCCGCUGUCAUGUAUUAAUUCAGCCUGAUGUCAAAAUUUAAACUAAAAUUACUUCAAACGUAAAGUUAAGAUGCCGUGAAUCGUUAACACAAAUAACACCCGAACGCUACACGACUCCUUAAUAGUGUAUAUAGGGCAAAACUGGAUUCCAACCAUAAUUUAAUUUGCUAAUUCAUUUGACAUUUUUCCUUUGACAUUUGGCUUGAGGUCCGCAGACAUACGUCCUUUAAUUUCUAAGCUUACUUGAUAGAAGGACUUUUUGAUCGCUUUGUACAGUGCGUUCAAGAAUGAUUGUUCAUCAAGUCACCUAUGAAAUUUGAACGUAGUGUGCCGCUUAAUUCAAAUUGUGAAGCCGUCAAAGUGACAGAGUCGUCAAAAUAAUACAAAAGGUUUCGAAUCUAAAAACUAAAGAAUACAGAACAACAAAAAUCACGGAAAUAUAAAACACAAAUCAAGACAAACCUUAGACUUGUAACAACUUUGCCGAUAAAUGCAAAAAAGUGAGUAAAAAGCUAAUUCAAAGAUCUGACAGAGAAACUACAAAAGUCAUUUUGACAAAGCGCACACUGAAUUUGAAUUCAAUUGCUAUUCUUGAACACAUUGUAUAAAAUAAAAUAAAUUUAAAUGGCGGUGUCUCUCUAUUAGGAAAGAAAUUUUUCAAAUUUUUUUUCCAAUGUGAACUUUUUAAUAAAGUUCUACCAGACUAGACGUUUACGCCAAAAACUACUCUCAAAAUCUGACAAUUUUCUAAAUUAAAAAUUGUUCGUUUUUGACUUUGAUAGGUUUCAAAGAAUUAUUAUUUUUAGAUGUUUUAAACCACCAUUUGAACUAAAAUUUUCGGAUAUCGUAGAUUAUUGUAUGAUUAAUAAUAAGCUAUUGUUAAAAAACCUUAUAGUUUUUAAAAGAAAUUGAAUUAACUGAACCAUUCAUUUGUUCAUAUCAGAGUUUUCUCAAACAUUCCGAUUUUUUUCAUCAGUUUGCAAUAUCAAAAUGCAAAAUUUUAAAAAAGGAAUUUCUGAAGUGGACUGGUGUAGUUCCAAACAAAAUUUUAAAAAGUGUAAAUAUCUCAAGAACGGCUAAACUGAGGUAUAGAUAUAGCUGAUAAAAACUUCAUCCGUAAUCCAAAAGUGCAAUAGUCAGUUUUCCAUUUAAAAUAAAUAUUUAAAUAACAUAUACAGAAUGUCUCAAAAUUGACGACCGUGCGCUGGGAAUUUGACUUAGGUAGUAUUAACUACCUAGUAUUAGGUAUUAACUACCUAGAUUGUAUUAACAAAUCGAAAGUUAAGAGUAAAAAAAAAUCCAAUUGCCUUUAGUUUUCGAGUUAUUGAGAAAAAUGUAAAUAAUAAGCUUAUUAUGUCUUACCAAUUAUUUGUGGAACAUAAUUCAUUAGUUGACGUUAGCGAUGUUAAAAUUCUUUGAAUCACUCUGUCUAGUGAGGAGUAUUAUUAAUUUCUUUCGGUUUUGUAUGUUUAAAAUGAUACGAUACUACUACAUUAUUACAUUCGAGAUUUGUCGAUUGUUAAAAGCUCGGUUACAGGUGUGUAUUAUGGCAAUGCCGCUGCAGAGGCUAGGGCAUAUACGGAAAAGUUUCUAAAUCGCAUUGUAGCUUAUUUUGUGACAACAAAUUUAGUAAAUUCGCUUUUAAUAAAAUUUAAUAUCUAAAUUUUAGUUUCUUAUCAAUAACUCGAUAACGAAGGACAAUCAGACAAUUUUCCAGCUUUCGAUUUGUUUUAGUUUUCUGAAGCAAACCCUAAAAGCACGGGCGUCAAUUUUGAGACACCCUGUAUACAUAUGAUUUUCCGAUAAAGCCAAAGGGCCGCCAUCUUGAAAAUAUUUUUGUUGGAGAGGAACUAACAGAUUAUCAUUGUGUAAAAAAACCACUUCUAUACUAAUGUGGGGUUUAGAAGCAGCAGUUAGCAAAUAUUUUGUAAAAACAGGGAGAUUUUUUGUGUAUUCACCGUGUUGUGUUAAUAACAGUUAUUUAAAAAUUGCUUCUGUGAUAAAAAUCACAAACAUCUCUCUGUACCGCACACAAUCACCACUCAAGUGAAGAAGAAAUUACAAACUGUAGUCUUCCCAAAAUUUUUAUACAAGUAUCAUUGCCUUUUAUAAGCUCUUUUGAUAAAAAUUGCCGCAAAAUACAAUAAAAGACAAUUUGUAAUAUGGAAGGAUUGUUUAAUAGAAACUUUAAUACAGAACUGAGGGUUAUAAAUAAAA